AAACAAACAAAUAUAUUAGAGAUAAUACAUUCAAUCAAUAGUUUGUUGUUAUAAAUUCAUACAAACAUUGCAUCAAAUUAUUUAUUUAUUUAAUUAUUAAUUAAUAGUUUUAAUUAAUUAGUCUAUAAUUUAAUUUAUUUUAAUGAUAUGACUAUUAGUUUCAAGUGUUUUGUGACAAUGAAUGUGACAUAUAAUGAGUUAUUGUUAUCAAUUGAUUUGGUUUCACAAACAGGAUAUCAAUUGAUUUGAUGAUAAUGUCAUCGAUGUCUUCAUCGAGCUGUGUAUCAGUAGACGACUAUCGGGAUAUAUGUCGUGACUUUGGCCUCAUUUACGGCAAAUCCUACGCCAAAGAGUUUGCAAAUAAAUUGCAUGAAUUGUGUGAACAAAACUCUGGACUCAGUCUUAAUGGGCCAUCAAUUGAGUUCAUAAUCAAUGUCUUCACACAAGAGUUUGCUCAAUACCUGCAUCAGGAACUCAAUAUCAAUGACAACUUAUGUGAUAGUAAUCAACAACAAUCACAACAACAUAAGUCUUCGGAUUCAAGUCUAAACAAAACUAAUUCAUUGAAUGAAACGAAAAAAGAGUUUGACCUCAACUUAGCCACGACUGCACCGACCGAUGGCAACGACAAUAGUGUUGAUAACAACAACACUUCGGAUGCGUUGACAACAAAUGAGAGUCAAACGGAUGGGAAUUCAGUGCCUUCCGCUCACAACACUUCCAACACUUCUAUACCUAUUAAUGAUAAUACUGUCACAACUCAUAACAACAACAAUUGCACACAAUUAUUGGUCAACGCAUCCAAAGCUACAAGAAUUACAACAAUAAUAUCAACAACAACUUCAACGCCGACAACCAACGGCUCAGUUAAUGUUAGACCAAAGUCGACACUUCCUAACUCAGGACUAUCACCCGUAGGACAGUCAUCGAGUGCCACACCCGACGAUUACAGUGAUUUGUCUGACAAUGAGACCGAAACAGAGUCACCGAAAACACAUUACAGAAAAUUCUUCAGACGAUUGAGUUUCAAAGGAUUGCGAAAAGGCAAAGGAUUGUUUCAUAAGCAACAUUCCGAUGAAGUGGAACUGUCUAAUACACAGACACAUACCAACCAUACCUCACAAAACUCGCCACAAGAGACUAAUAAAAGAGAUAGAAAUCGGGACUCAAAGAUGGAUCACAAAUGGCUUUUAUCAAAGACACAGACCAAGACUGCUGCCAAUGAAUCCAUUAUUAAAGAAGGUGUGGUUAACUAUAUGACAGUUGAUAACUCAAAUAUUGAUGGCAAACAAAAGUGGGAGAAAAAUCGCAUGGUUUUGGUUAAGACAACCGGUGGUUAUAUGUUAGAGUUUUAUGCACCAAAUAAACCGUUAAAACCCAAAUCUGGUGUCUUUUGUUUUCUAAUAACUGAAGCGAGAGAGACGACAGCACUGGAAAUGCCAGACCAGGAACACACGUUUGUACUCAAAGCUGAAAAUAUGAUGGAAUAUAUCAUUGAAGCGCAAGACACUGAAGAUAUGAGACAAUGGCUUUCAUCCAUCAAAUAUUGCAUGAGAUUCAACAGCGAUGGAACCACUGAUGAUAAUGAGAUUACUACUGGUUUUCCUUAUGAUAAUAUUCCUCGACUACAAGAAACGGAAAAUAAUAGGUCAUCCAACCAUUUAAGUGCAGUGGCUGAUCCAACCAAUGGACCGGGAGGUGGAACUAAUUCCGAUAUUUGUGGUUCAAUGCGUGAAUAUCCGUGGUUUCAUGGGAUGCUUAGCAGAUCUGAUGCGGCACAGUUGGUUCUUAGAGAAGGUCAAAUAGGUCACGGAGUCUUUCUUGUUCGCCAAAGUGAGACCCGAAAAGGUGAAUACGUAUUGACCUUCAACUUUCAGGGAAGAGCCAAACACCUUAGGAUGGCUAUUAUCAAUGAAGGCCAGUGUCGAGUCCAACAUUUAUGGUUUCAAACUAUAUUUGAUAUGUUAGAGCACUUCCGCAUACAUCCCAUACCAUUAGAAUCUGGCGGUACAUCUGAUGUCACUCUCACUGAUUAUGUGGUCUACAAUGAACAUUUACCAACAAAUAGUGGUUCUCCAGCCCUAACCAAUUCUCAUAAUACAAGUGAUUCAAUUACUAAUGGACAGCAACAAUCAUCUCAACAAUUAUCACAUAUUCGAGAGAGAGUUCCCAGUAUUCCUGAGCUCCAAGAGAUAGCCACUUAUGGAGGUUCUGUAAGAUUGAGAAGUUCAUCACUGGAUAAUUUGCUUCAAUUACAAUCCCAACAAUUAGCAACUGUUGGCACCAAUAAUAGAGCUGUUGAAAACACCUAUCAUUUUGUUUGAAUGUUAAUAUCUUCAUCUAAGCUAUUGAUUAACAAUUAUAAAUGUCAACAAACUUUAAUUUGAAUUUUUCCUAUUUUUUAUUAAAUCAAAUGAUGUGAUUUUUUUACUUCCAUUUUAAUCGUUUUAUUAUGAAAAUUAAUUUUAGUUAUUUUUAAAAUAAUACAAUAAUAAUUAUUGUAUAAAAAUCUUAUAUCAACAUUUCUGCCCAUUUUAUUAUAUAAAUUGACAAAACUAGUCAUUUUUGAAAUUAUUAUUUGAUUUAUUUGUGAGAAAUAUU